AUGAGCAUCAGCUUAGAACAUGUAUUAGGCUUCAAAGUUAGAGUCACCAACAACCUCGACGCGGUGACCUUGGGGCGCAUUUAUUCAUACAACUCGUCAAACAACACAAUAACACUGCAAGAGUCUAAGAAACCCAAUCAGUCGCAUCAGUUUAAAAUAAUUAAGCUAUCAUUUGUGAAAAAUCUGGAGGUAGUUGGGGAAAAGCCACUGAAGAACAGCUUUAGAAGAGACCCUAUUCGGCCCUCGGCAGUGAGCAUAACGGGGGUCCAAGAAACUCUUCGGAAAAGAGUAGAAGAAGCUCGAGAAGCCAACAAGUGA